CGAGUGAGGGCGCGAGUGCGCGAGUGCGCGAGUGCCCAGGCGGCGGCAGAGCGGCACUGCGCAGCGGAGGGCGGCGGGUGCGCGCGCACGCGUACGCCGCCGUCGGCGCUGGCCGGCGCUGGCCGGCGCGAGAGGAGGCACUGCACCUGCAUCGGCGCUGGCGCUGGCGGUGCCGGCGGCCCAGUUCUCGCCAGGCAGGCACGCCCGGCCGGCGUUGGUCUACCCGGCCGCGCCGCCCGUCACCCGCCGUGCAUCGCCGCGUCCGCGAGCAGCACUGCGAUAUUAUGAGCCGCCGGCCCGCAGCCGAGCUGGAGCUUGCGCGCGAGCGCCUCAGUGGCAUCCUCGCCAGGGCGCGCAAGCUCGACGUCAGCACUGACCGAGUGCUCGACAGCAGGCCCGCCAAGCGGCUGAUCGCUCGAACCAGCGGCCUGCUCGGCGGCAGGUGCGCCGUCGGGCUCGGCCUGCUCUGCCUGGUCGUCGCCGCGCUCUGCGUCUACGCGAGGUGGCCGACCUUGCAGGACACCGACACCGUCAGGACCGUGCUCAGGAGAACGUGCGGUAGCGGAGACAUAGCCGACAGCGUGGCGGCAGCCCUGCUGCGCUCGAGUUCCUCGACGGCCCAGGACGACUCGUGCUAGUCCUCGUCCACAGCCAACUUCUUGCCUCUCGAUCAACUUACUCUCCUCGGCUGGAGAGAUGAUUCCGACUGCUCUGGAACUUGUCUGCUUGCCAGAGACAGGCCGAGACCGACAAUUUUUUAUCGAUCCCUAGCCUCCGCCCACCUUCACCCACCUUCGCCCAUCUCCGCCCACCUUUGCCCACCUUUGCCCACUUUUGCCCAUCUUUGCCCACCUAGCCCUCAAUCCAAUACUGAAUUUCUUCUUAAAUUCUUUGUGAGCCGCGCUUGGACUACGACAAAACUGUCUGUCCUGUCGUCGCUCUCAAGAGUUGCAAUAGACUGGCAUAUUUUACCUUAAGAUAGUUGGUGGCGCCGUGACGAAGCUUCGACAGUCUAAUGAUGCAUUUAUGUUGUGCGAGGCAAUCAAAAGCAAGAGCCAGGAAAGAAGCCUAUGUUGUAGGCGUAAUUAUUAUGCAUAAGAUAGACCAAACUAAUAAGUAUAUAGAGACUCGAAGUAUGCGCUAUAAAUAGAAGGACAGCUGAUCUUGGAGGCUAUUUGAGAAAAGUUUAACGAGUAAUUAACGCUCAGCAGGCGCUCUACUGACGCUUGCUUGCUUCAGAUUUUAUAGCGCGAGAAUGCAAGCAAAAAGUACUAUUGGAGCUUAUUUAUUUGUUUCUUUGAAGAAUAAGAAUCUUUAUUGAAGAAGCAAACUGUUGCUUCUCCUCAAGUAAAGCUUGCAAUCUAACAGAUGGAAUUUUCAUAAUUUGCAAGUCUCGAGGUAGCGGCAGUGAGUGGGCCUUUAUAGGAAAGUUUUCUCAUAUGAUGUAAACGGAUUUAAAAGCGUCGAAGAAAAGAGCAGCUUGAGCCUCGUGCGCGCGCCAACGAAACUAUGCCGUCACUAAUUUCAUAUUACAGAGUAACGAUUGGCGUGGCUGGAAUUUCAUUUCGAAUUCCCUCUGUUCUUCAGGAAAAUCCGUGCGAGCGAGAUUUAAUUAACUCUUUCUCGUUCUCUUCUACAAAAGCCACUGCUCGAGAAGUGAUAAUUUGUCGCUCGAUGCGCGCACAACCACACGCAAUCGUGCGCGCGAUUACGAGUAUUAUGUAUAAAGUCGUAUGAUAAGGUGGGACGAUCUCAAAAACCAAAGUAUAAAUAGCGACGAUAAAUUGACGAGACACGAAAGAUUUAUCGGUACAUAUCGCCAACUGGAAACAAGGAAACACUCAAACACGAUGUGUUGAUCUCACACGGGUGGUCGAUCGCGCGUCACACGCAACGGGCGACCGACUCGAUGUACAGAAGAUCCUGCGCGACUACUCGUCUUAAUCGAUAAGAUAUGUUAUUGUUGUAAUAAUAUGUGCGCCAAGGCUACGUUAGAUAGCCGAUAUGCGCACUCACAACGAAUGUAAUAAAUGAAUAUUAUCUUUCUUUUAUAAAAUGUGAAU